AUGGCAACAAAUAACUCAGUAAUUGGUGGUAAGCUGGCAAUAAACAACAUCAAUAAUCGGGUCAUAAUAGUCCAGGUAUUAAUCUCUGUGUUUCUUUGCAUCAACUUUUUGCUAAUCACAACAUUUUUUAUGAAGGAUAUUUUUUACACAACUAUGCGUUACAUCUUAUUUGCGAUUGCACUGUUGUCUGAUUCGCUUUUUUUGUUAAUGACCAAUGCCUUGCUCAUUUUGAAUUAUUUUAGUUUCACCAUACAAGUGUGGUUGUGUGUUAUUAUAUAUAUUGUUUUGUCUGUGUACACAUUUGUCACACCAGUUACUCUGACAGCAAUGACCCUGGAGCGUUUUGUGGCCAUUUGCGUUCCCCUCCGUCAUGCAGAACUGUGCCGAACACAGAGAGCUCUGCACUUCAUCCUGAUCAUUCAUGGUCUGAGCUCUGUUCCCUGCAUUGUUAUUCUUUCUAUUUUCUUUGCUUCAGCAAUCACCAGCUUCUAUACCCAGAGCAGAAUUUGUGCUGUUGAAAUGUUCAUUUUUCACAGAUGGCAGGGUCAUCUUAGGUCAGCUAUAAGUCAGCUUUAUUUCUUGAUUAUGUCCAUCACUAUUGUUUUCUCAUAUGUGCAAAUAAUGAAAGUGGCCAAAGCUGCAUCAGGAGAGAAUAAGAAGUCGACAUGGAAGGGGCUGAGUACAGUGGUUCUUCAUGGUUUCCAGCUGCUGCUGUGUCUUUUUCAGCUCUGGUGUCCAUUUAUAGAGGCUGCUGUCCUGCAGAUUGAUUUUAUGUUAUUCAUCAAUGUGAGGUACUUUAAUUACAUAACCUUUAUUCUUGCUCCAAGAUGUUUGAGUCCUCUAAUUUACGGCCUCAGGGAUGAGAUGUUUGUUAAUGCACUGAAAUACUACGCUCUCUGUGGCUUAUAUAAGAAACAUUCAACAGCUUUUUGA